UAGCUAAGCCCAUCUCGAAAUGGCGUGCUGCAAGGAGAAGGAUCUCUAUGAUGGCGGCGGCGACUGUGUCAAUCAGCCAAUUGAUUUGCAUCCGACCUCUGCGUGCCCCGCGCCCUUGAUCUGUCCGCCUCCACCCGAAUUGGGGCCCAUACGCAGACGCAAAUGGGAGCCCAUGACCGUGGGCAUUGUGCCACCCACCGAGGACGAACAGCGUGAGUUGCAGGAGUAUCUGAAGAAGGUGGUGGACGAGCCGGCACAGGCGCAUCAUCAGGUGCAGCAAGAUCUGCAGGCGGCAGUUGAUAACCAACAGCAGCAGUUGCUGGACAUCAAGCAGGAGCAGGCCAAAGCGGCGCCGAUCAAAACGGAGGAGACGCAGUUUGCACGCUCCAUUAAUCCCGAUGCAGAUAAUCUUCAAAAUCCGCCCUGCUAUCUGCCGCAGCCUGGCGACGAUUUGCCUCAAAAGGACUCGAUGACACCGAUGGGUCCUAUAGGUCCUUGGGCUACGGGCAAAGUCGAUUGGAGCCCCAUGGGCGGUCUGACGGGCACUCGGCCAGUUGUCGAUCGAUAUUCGAUAACACGCUUCAGCGCGAACGAAUGGCGCACCAGAAAUCAACAGACCGUUCAACAUGUCAACUCUGUGCUGGACAAGGCCGAUAAAAACCACUUCAGCACAAUCACCGAGUACCAGCGUCUCACUGCCAUGGUCAAUAAGACACAGAAUGAGACAACAGAGAAGCUGAGGCAACGCGCUCAGGUGAUCUGCAAGUGGAAGAGCACACUGGAGAAUGCGAUCAAGGCCAUGACGGAUGAGAUCUUUAUGGUGGACGAGGAGCGCAAUAGGCUGCGCCGAGCGCUGGUCGUGCUCGGUGUGCCCGAGUCUAUUGUUAAGGAAUGCAUCGAGAAGCGUUGCGGUCGGCCGGACACGGAGCUGGUGCGCGACCAAACGGAGGAGGAGCUGGUCAAUGAGCUGUCGCUGAUAGCCGAAAUCAGGAGAAACUUGCAAAAGACCAUGCAGGACUUUGUGACACAGCAAAUGGAGAAUCGCGCAGCCAAGCAGCGACUGGAGCUGGACUGGAGCGAUAAGCUGGAGUCCUACGAAAUGGACACCAUCAAUGUGGGCUUGGACAAUAGAUCACGUACAAUUAUGUUCCAAAUGGGCGCAGUUCGCCAGCCGAUUGAGCAGUCUUCGGAACAGUAUUGGGAGCACUUCAGUCUGGAGACAUUGAACGAGUGCGAGAAGUGCCGCCAGAGAUCGGCUGACCUGCGCAGCACACUCAACGCAACUCUGCUGAAUGGUGCCCGGGACAUACGCACCCAGGCGGAUGUCGUGGAGAAGUCCUUCACGUUGCGCAUCAAUUGCACCCAGGAGGCAGUGCAGCGCUUCGAGAAUGAUCUACAUAACGUGCUGCAGAAUUUGGCGGACACGGAGUUGCGCAUUGAACAGCUUCACGAACGCAUUCGCGCGUUCGACCUGGCCAUGAAAGUCGCCCAGACGCGCAUGCACAAUCGCAGCUUCAGGCCGAAUGUGGAGAACUGCCGCGAUGUCGCCCAGCAGCGUCUUAUCGACGAGGUGCACACCAUUCAGAGCAGCACCACGGCCAUGCUGCACGAGCUCGCCUCCACCGAAGAGACAAAGGAAGCACUCGUCGGCGUGCGCCAUACCUUGGAGCGCGAAAUCAUGCUGAAGCGACGCACCCUGUUCGUGGACAGAGAACGCUGCAUGCUUCUGCGUUCGCAUUACCCAUCGGCCGAUGCUCUGAUCGGCAAAGAUGCUUUCUAAGAUAUAUACAAUUUUAUACAGAUCCAUUAUCGGAUCAUUACAUUAUUCUAAAUUGAUUGUCCAAAAUCUUAAGUCUGAAACGAGUGUAUGUGUCGCUUGAGUCAGUAAAAUUGUCAAAUAAAUGAGUAAGAAAACA